GUUCACUUGUUAAUAGUCCAAAUAUAAGAAAUUAUCGAUGUUUAUUAAAUGAAAAUCCAUCAAGUUCAUUUUGUCUCAAUGAUCAAAUUGUUAAUUUAACCAGUCUAUUAAAUGAAUUCGAUCAAGAUUUUAAACAAACACAAAUUGAAAUCAAUCAUGAACAAGAUGAAAUUAAGAAUUUAUCAAGACGUGCACAAAAAGAAUAUGAACGUGUACGUGAACAAGUUAAAUUAAUGCAAGAUUUUGCUGAUGAUAUUGAUGCAUUCUCAGCUAAUUUAACACAACAAAGAAAUGAUGAUCCAACUUAUAUAGUUAAUCUUAUUGAGAGAGUUUACGCAACUAUUGAUCGAUUUGAACUUGAACCUGAACAAAGUGUAAUAAAAAAUUCCAGUCAAUUAUCUUCUCAAUUACAUACUUAUCUUCAAUCAUUAAAUAAUGACCUUAGUAAUCAUUUAAAUGAAAUUGAUAAACUUAAUAAUCAAACAUUUCAUUUUGAACAACGUACAAUACAAAUGGAAAAACAUAUUCAACAAGCUUAUGAAAAACUUCAACGUGUAUCACAACAAAUUACAACACUCGAUAAUACAAUAAAAUCAAUACGUACAAUAUUAAAACAAAGUUCAGGAUUAAACGAAGCAACAAAUAUAAAAUUAUCGAAUACAACACAAUUAUUACAAAAUGACUUAAUGAUAAAUUUUAAUCAAUUAAAAAUGAUCUAUCGUCAAACAUUAACAAAUGCAGAUAAUUUAAAUGGUUCCAUACAAAUUUUACUUUCAGUCGUUAAUGAAACAAUUGAACAAAAUCGUCUUGUUCAUAUAAGUGUUCGACAAGUAUUUAAUUAUGUACAAAAUUUAACAGAAACAUCCGAACGUUUAGAUAUGUUAUAUGAAAAUAUGAAACAACAAAAUAAUGUUACAUUAUUAACUGUAUUUGUUUAUAAAAAUAUAAUUGAUACAGUUAAUUUAGUCGAUACAACUUCAACUGAAUUAGCUAAAAAUCUUUCAAAAUCACAAGAACAUAUUGCUCAACAACGACAACGUAUUGAGAAAUUAGGAAAAGAACGAUUAGAUCAACCAUUAUUAUUAUCAUUUGAAACAGAAAUUAAAUUAAAUCUAAAUGAUGAACAACGUUUAGAACGUUUAGAACGUUCAGCUGAAAGUUAUCGUCAAUCAUUAAGUACAAGUGAAAAAUUAUUACCAGCAUAUAAUUUACGUAUUGGUGAAUUAAAAUCAACAGCUGAUAAUGUUGAACCACAUUCAACACGUAUGUAUGAUGAUAGUCAAGCAAAAACAAAUGAAUUUGCACGUUUACGUGAAAAAAUUCUUGCGGAAAAACCUAUGAAUGCAUCAACAUUAAGUGAUCGUCCAUUACAAAUGGAAUUUAAUGAUAUUAAACAAUCGAUUCAACGUAUGAAAACUUGGGAAUCAGAUACAGAUCAACAAUUAAGUAAAGCAAAAUAUCGCUAUGAUGAAACAAUAAAUACUCAAGAUAAUAUAGCUGAUAUUAUAGCUGAUAUUCGUCGUCUUGUUGAUGAAUCACGUUCAAUUGUUAGUUCUGUUCGUGUUGGAGCACAAUUUAAUCGUACAAGUGGUGUUAAUUUACAUAAACCAUAUAGUAAAUCUUAUGUUAAUUUAAAUAAACAACAUUCAAAAUUAGCACUUUCAUUUCGUACAACUGAAUCUGAUGGAUUAUUAGCGUAUGCUGGUAAUGAAAAUGAUGAUAGAUAUAUGUCAUUAAGACUUAAUCAAGAUGGACAAAUUGAAUUUACUUAUGAUGUUGGACAACAACGACCAACAUCAAUCAUAACACCAAGAUCAUUUAUUGAUAAUCAAUGGUAUGAUGUUACAGGUGAAAGAAUUGGUUCACAUGGUCAACUUACUGUUGUUGAUAUUAAUGGUACAGAUGUAUUUGUUGGUACAAGUGAUGCUGAAAGUGGUGGACAAUCUAUACUUGAUUUACAUGAUGAACGAUCUGUAUUUUUAAUUGGUGGUGUACCAUCACAAAUAUCUUUGAAACAAACUUAUCCAGCAUUUUCUGGUUCAAUAUCAAAUGUACGUCUUGAUGAUCAAAGUGUUAGUUUAUGGAAUUUUCAAUCGGCUAUGAAUUAUAAUCAAGGUUCAAUACCAUCAAUAAUUCAUCGUGAAUCUGUACCUGGUUUUAGUCUUAAAGGUGAUGGUUAUGCAAUAUUUUCUAAACGACGUUUACGUCGUCUUGAACAUUCAUUUGUCUUAACAAUUAUAUUUAAAACAAAUGCACCCAAUGGUCUUCUAUUUACAUAUGGUGGUGGUGAUUUUGAAAAACGUUUUUUUGCUGUACAAAUUAUUGAUUCACAUCCAGAAAUUCUUAUUAAUACAGGUAGUGGUCUUGUUAGUUUACGUCUUGAAGAUAAUGUUCAUGAUAAUCAAUUACAUCGUUUACAAAUAAAAAAACAAAAUACAGAAAUCAUUGUACAACUUGAUAAUCAAUUAUCGGAAUCAAUAACUGAUCGUGAUGAAGAAUCACGUAUUGAAGGUGGUAAUGAUGAUAUUUAUGUUGGUAAAUAUAUUGGACUAGAUUCAUUACGUGAUACAAUAACAAGUCGAGGUUUUAGUGGUUGUAUACAAUCAAUUCUUAUUGAUCGUAUUGAAUUAACAUUUAAAUCUGAACAUUUUAAACGUAGUGAAAAUAUUCAAACAACAUGUUCUAUUGAACAAAUUUUACGUACAGUACAAUUUAAUUAUCAUUAUGAUCAAGAAAGUUAUGUUGAAAUAUCAGAUAAAAAUUUAACAAUACCAUGGGCUAUAACAGCACGUUUUCAAUCAAAUCAACAAAAUGGUACAUUAGUAUAUAUGAAUAAUGAAAAUGACAAUAUCGAUAAAUUAAUAAUUUAUUUUGAAUUCAAUCAUCUUAUGAUUAAACAUAAAGAUUUACCAAUAAUACAAUGUGAAAAUAGUUUAUCAACGAAUUGGUGGAAUUAUAUAAGUAUUUAUCGUGAUACACAAUCAUAUCGUUUAUAUUUAAAUGAUACAGAAUGUGGUAAAUUAGAUAUUGAAAGUGAAUAUAAUGAUUAUCAAUUAUUUAAAACAGUAUUUAUCGGUGGUGUACCACAAAAUGUAUCAGAAGAUACACAACGUUUCUUUGGAUGUAUUGGAGAUGUUAAUAUAGAUGGUUCAUUAGUUAAUUUUAAUAAUGUUGUUAAAUUAAAAAAUACGGAACAAAAUUGCCCAACCAAUGCAUUUACUAGUAAUAAUAAUAACAAUAAUAAAUAUAAUAAUAAAGGAUCAGUAGUUUAUCCACCAUUUGAGUAUAAUGCUACGAAACCAACAUCUUCUGAUAGAUUUCAAUUAAAAUUACUUCAAUUUAAUGAUGAUUUCAGUAAUUAUAGUAUAAAUAGUUCUAUAUUACCAUCGAUUGAUUUACUUACGCCUUCAACUAUUCAAAUUAAAAAUGAAACAAAAGUAUCGAAUGAUGAUGAUGAUGACGAAGAAGAUGAUUAUUCAUCUCGUCAACAUCGUUCAUGUAAUUUACCUAUGAAACCUUCGAAUAAUCGUGGUCAAGAUAUCGGCUAUAGAUUUGGUGAUGAUCAUCGAGAAAGUCGUGGACAAAUAACAAUAUCAGAACCAUCAACUAGUCUAUCAAUGAAUAUUUCAUUUAAAUUUCGAACACGAUUUACACAUGGUUUAUUAUUCUAUUCAGGCAGUAAUGCUUUUGAUUCUUCAAUUUUAAAUGAAUUCAUUGCUGUAUGGUUAUAUAAAGGUCGAUUAGUUUUUGCGUUUGAUUGUGGAUCAGGUAAAGGUGAAAUUGAAAGUAUCAAUCGAAUCAAUGAUGAUCAAUGGCAUCGUGUUGAUGUUAUAAGACAUGGAAAUAAUGCAACUUUAUAUAUUGAUUCACAUUCCGAAGGUUUUAUUAUUCCACCAGGUACAAAACUAUCUUUAGAUACAGAUGGAAUAUAUUAUUUUGGUAAUAUACCAUCGGAUGAAACAUUUCUUUUAAAUCGUCGUCGUCAAUUACAUCAUUUUAAAACUCGACAUAAUUAUCUUCAAUUUCAAGGUUGUUUAAGUACAAUACAAAUUAAUAGUCAAGCAAUAACAUUUGAUACAAACGUUAACAAUGAGUAUAAUUAUAAUAUAAAAACAUGUUAUGAAUUUGAAGAAUCAGGAGUUUUUAUUAAUGGAGAAAAAGAAUUAAUACUUGAAAAUUCAUUUCGUCUUGGUCAACGAUUCAAUAUUUCAUUUCAUUUUAAAUCUCGUGUUAAAAGUGGUCUUCUUUUGGCUGCAACAAAUACUAAUGAAGAUAAUUAUUUAUUUAUUUAUCUUGAUAAAGGUAAUAUUGUUGUGACAUUAUUACAAAAUAAUAUUGAUGAAAUUCAUGUUGUUCAUUGGCCAAAUGAUAAUAAUGAUAAUGAAAUGUGUGAUGGUCAAUGGCAUACAGUUGAUAUUCAAAAAGAUCUAACAUUUAUUCGUUUACAUGUUGAUAAAUAUGAUGCAGAUGAAGAAUUAUUAUUAAAUGAUUUUGAUUUAAAUACUAAUGGACCAUUAUAUAUUGGUAAAAUGAAUAAAUUACCACCUAUUGUUGAUGAUAUACCUGUAUAUAUUGGUUGUAUAACAAAUAUGAAAAUAAUUGCCAUUGAUAAUGAUAACGAUGAACAUAAUUCAAUUCGACAUGCUAAAGCACUUCAUUCAAUUGAUGGAAUUGAAUAUUCAUGUCCAAUAAAUUAA